AAUCUAGUCAAAUUGCAAUAAAGUGCAAAGUGAGUGCAGAGAAGCCCUCGUCGUUUGAUUUUGAUGAUUCACCAAGAUUUCCUUAUCCAUAACUAAACAAUAGAUACGUUAUCAUGAUGAGGCUAUUGCAAAUAUAUAAUAAAAAGCUUUAAAUUGUUUGUGCAUGUUAUCAUUUAACUAUUACACGUUGAUAAAUUAAGUCCGAAAAAUGAAGUUCUGUCGAGUAUUUACUGGAUUCUUAAUAUAUUUUUUGUCAUUCAACAUAGUUUGUGGCAAUGAUUUUAGUAGUGGUGAAUUCAAAAUUUUCCAGAAUGUUAAAGAUGAACAUAUUCUUGAAGAUUUUGUAGCUGACGGUGUUAUUGAUAAAAUAUGGGGAGUAAUUAAUUCUGAUUCUGUCAGGGUAAGCGGGCCGAUAACUUUUAUAAAAAAUUCAUCCUCAGAAGCUACAGCUUGGAACGUAACAAUUACGUCGAGAAUAAUGGAUGGAAUAAGACUUCGGAGUCUAAAUAAUACAGGAGCAAAUGGUGAUAUUAUUAAAGGAGGAAUCGGAUAUGAUUUUGUUACUUUAAUGCUUGUUGGACUUACAAAUGAAUUUUAUUUUUUGUUUGAUGCUUAUGAAAAUUAUGCAUCAAGUUUGAUUCCGAAUCCUCCUCCAGUUAUUCCAGAUAUAGUCUUUCAAGAAUGGGGAGUUAUAAACUAUGCAUCAAAAAAAUCUGGUUAUGUAUUUAGAUCUGAUUUCAAUACAUCUGAAGUAACAGGAAGUAUUGAAGCGUCAAAACCUUUUGAUGGAAUCAGAUUGACAAGUCACGACAGAUCAGUUGCAAGUGCUGAAAUUAUAAAAGGAGGAAUUGGAUAUAACUAUUUUACAUACAAAAUCGUUGGAAUUAAAGAUUUUGUUGAUUUCUCAUUUAACACUUUUGAAAAUGGAACUUAUCUUGAGACAAGAGAAAGAGUUUAUGGAAAUAUUGACAAGGAAGUCAAACUUCUUGACGAACAACGUUUUCAAAAUUAUCCACAAAUAGGAGCCAAUGCAUCUGGAAAUGCUUCAUUUUCCACAUCUGGAACUAUUUUAGGAAUUAAAUUAACUUUUUUAAAUUAUACAGAUGGACUAUAUGAAAUCAUUAAAGGUGGAUUAAAUGAGAGUUUUGUGACAUAUGAAUUCAAUGGACCAUAUCAAGGAGAACCUUACGACUUUAAAAUUGAAAUCUUUGGAAAUAAUGCAGCAACAGUUAAAUUUUCAAUAAUUUUAAUGAUAAUUUUAAACAUUUUAAUUGCUGUGAAUUUAAAUGAAUAAAAAAAUGAAUUAAUCUAGAG